AUGUCGAGGCUGGGCGACGGCUCGCACGCAGCUGCAAGCGGCCGCUCGGUGCACGAGCACGCGACUGUGCGCUUUGGUGGCAGCUUUGAGGGCUCUCCACGCAGCACCGAGCAGCUGGCGCCGCCUCGAGCUGCGCCCUCGGCCGCACCGCCGGUGCGCGCAGGAGCGCCGGCCGCCAGCGCCACCAACGCCAACUUUCUCAAGCCAGGCGGCGGCUCGAAGCUGCUGUUCAACGAGGCGGCGCGGCAGCAGCUGGCGCCGUAUGCAGGUGCCGCCGGCACCACCGUCCACUUCACGUUCGGCUCCUCCGUCAUGGUCGACUUUGUGCAGAACUGGCUCCACUUUGCGCGCCGAGCCGCGCUCAAGCCGCUGCUCGUGGGCGCCGCGGACGCGGCUCUCCUCAGCUUUUGCAACAACAAGUCGGUGCCGGCCGCCGCCAUCUCCCCCGACCUGGACGUCUGGACAUACGAGCGGAAGCCCGCGCAGGAGGGCGUGUACCAGAUCAAGACGCAGUGGGCUUACUUUCGCCACCACGACUCGGACUUUCUCGAGAUGGGCCUCGUCAAGGUUGCCUUCUUGUGGGAGCUGCUGGUCGCUGGCCUGAACGUGCUCAUCUCCGACUUGGACGUCGUGUGGCUCAACGGGCACUGGGCGCGCUGGAUGGCCUACGGCGGCGCCGAGCCUCCUCUUCCCGAGGCGUCGCUGCUGGCCGCCGCAGACAUCCUCGUCUCGACCGACGAGCUCAACGCCGAGGCGGACCUGGCGGGCCGGCGGCCGAGCCACGGCUCCGACCUCAACACGGGCGUCGUCUUCCUUCGCUGCACGCAGGGCUCAAAGGCGAUGGUGCAGGCGUGGCGGCAGGCGAUGCUGGGCAGGAAGGGAGACAAGCACCUCAAUGAGAAUGUCAACGACCAGUCGCUCUUCCAAGGCGUCGUCCGUGGCGCGGAGCUGCGCGGCGGCGAGCUCGACGAGCUGCUGCGGCGCAGCGGUGCCGUGGACAGGCUUGGGCUCGCCGAGGCGACGUCGACGCGAAGAGUCUACCGCGCGCUGGGGGGGCCGCCGUGCUUGCCGCAGGAGCGCUGCGCGCCCUCCUCCUUCACCUUUGGCACGCUGCCGAUGCGUCCCUUCAGCGGUGGCCACACCUGGUUCAACCAGAACGUGCAGGACAUGGCCGGGCACGAGCAGCCUCGCAACGAGCCCAUCACCGUCCACUUCACCUUCCAGUUCGGCGACACCGGCACCUACCCGCACGGCAAGCGGCAGCGAGCGCGCGAGGCCGCGCUCUGGGCCGUCGACCCGCCUGAGUACUUCACGGAGGGGGUCUUUGUCGCCCUCGACGGCCCAACCUACUCGGAGGCGGAGCAGGCGGCCGUCUACGCUCGCUUCCCGUCGUGGUCGCCGCAGAGGCACAUGCACAUGGACGCGCCGCAGAGGCAGGCCGUGCGCGACCUGCUCGGACUCGCCACCGCCGUCGGCGGCAUCCCCGUGCUCCCCUCUCUGUGGUGCCACUGCGACCGGUAUUGGGGCUUCUUGAAGAACUGCCGCUUCCCGAUGGUGCCGAACAUGAAUUUGCCUUUCAACUGCCCCCAGGACGCGCUCUACGACCCGACUCGGUGGGCGGCCAAGGGAGUGCGCUGGCGCGAGCACACCUUCCUCGACAACCCCAACGCGCGGCCCGGCGUUCGCGUCAUUCGAAUCGCCAACCACCACUUGCGCCGCCUCUGCCGCUGGCUAGGCUCGUCGCAGGCCAACGCGAACUUCAACAAGCUGGCGCGGUACAUCUUGACGGAGAGCUCGAGAUACUGUCCGCAGGAGGAUAUGGGCGGCUAUGGCGGUGGCAGCUUCGAUUGGCAAAAUCCGUUCGUCGCGUAUAACUGCACGUGGGGGUUUCACUAUCCUUCGCCCUUCCCGGAAGGCAAGGCCGCAUGUAGCGCGACGGGCGAGCAGCGUGAGCGCUCCUCCUCGGCCGGUGGUCUGCUCUCGUCGCUAUUGCCGCCGGUGAACGCCGCCGGUGAGCCGCUGGCGGGUGCCGACGGCGUCAAUGUCGCGGAGCGUCCCAACUCGACCACGUGCCCGCGCAUCAUGCUGUGCGACUACAACAUCCUCCCAGACGGCUCGAUGACGAAGCCCAUCCGAUGGUGCAACAUUGAGGGGUACAACGGCAUGAAGCAGGACCACCUGCCUGCCACGCGCGCGAUGCUCGCCAAGAUGCCAGAUGGCCGCUGCCCUUACCCUCCCGGCGACAUCCCCGGCAUGCCAGGCUUCGACCGGAGAGGUCACUACAUAGGUGCCUAA